GCAUACACGUACCGCGGCUAUUUAAGAUCCAAACGUCCGUCAAUCGGUACACAAAUUGGAUCGCAGUGACUUGAAAGAGACGCUCGCAGUUUGUACUUUCGAUAACGUUACAGCGUACAAACCGCCGUCCGUCUUAAGUCCGUCACGUUAUUAUUGUCAUCAUGAAGGUUUCUUACGCAACCGCCUUGUUGUUCGCCGUCGUGGCAGCCGCUACGUCGUCGGAAGUCCAAAAGUCUACCGCAGCCGCCGCUUCCGCACCAUCAUCUGUACAAUCGCCGACGCCUUUCCCGGGACAAGGAAGCGUCCCGUACCCGGCACAGAGCUACCAGUAUACAUCCGACUACGCCGGACCAUUGGCUAAAUCUUCGUUCGGACCCAAGGCCACCGUCCCAUCGUCUGCUUUUGCCGCUUACCAACCGUACCAGCACCAUCAGCAGUACAAUUUCGGACCACACCAACAAUACUAUCCAGCUUCCGGAUACCCCGCCGCCGGACCGUACCCGACCGCGUACUCGGCACAACCAUCGACUGGCGCCGCUUACCCAACUCCGUACUCUGCUUACCCGUACCCGGCCCAACCAUACCACGGUGGCUCUUACUCGCCCUAUCCAGCUGCCUUCCCGUCGUACUACAACGGUCAAUUCGGCGCCCCGUCCGCCGCCGUCGCUCCAUACAACGGUCACUACUCGGCCGCCGCUCCGUACAACGGUCACUACUCGGCCGCCUCUCCGACCGUCACUCCGUACUCGUCUCUGCCGUCCGCUUACCAACAACAACCGCUGCAACACUCGUCGUCGUUCUAUAACAGCGGUGCAGCCGGUCAACAGUACGGCCUGUCCCAACAGUACCUCUCCCAACAGCAAUACCCGUCCCAGCAGUACCAAUCGUUCUACGGUGCAAACUCACCGGCCGCCCCCGCCGCCGCCACCGCCACUGACGCAGUCAAGGCCUCCGCCGAGAGGAAAUAAAAACGAUUGAUCAUCAUCAUCAUGGAUACCCGGCCGCAGGACUUUUGACUUAUUAUUUCACUAUACUUACUAUAAAUAUACGCGUGUAUUAUUAUUAUUUA